AUGUCAUUCAAGUUUUUAUCACAAAAAGUAGCACAGCUUAUCGAUGAGGAACUCAUGGGAGCUUCAGGCGGGUUUUCAGUCGAUCAGCUCAUGGAGUUGGCUGGACUUAGUGUUGCUCAAGCUGUUCAGAAAACUUAUAACAGCGAGAAAUAUUCCCGUGUUCUUGUGUGUGUCGGUCCAGGAAAUAAUGGUGGUGAUGGACUGGUGGCUGCUCGUCACCUGUAUCAUUUUGGCUACAAACCAUCAUUAUAUUAUCCCAAGCAACCCAACAAAGAUCUCUAUCAACGUCUUGUAAAGCAAUGUCAGAACCUGGGCGUGCCUGUUUAUGAAUCGGCAUUUGUAUCUCAUCUCAACGAGGCUGAUGUGGUAAUCGAUUCGGUUUUUGGAUUUAGCUUCCAUGGAAACCAGGUGCGCGAGCCAUUUAAAGAGAUCGUACAGGCUUUUCAGACCACUUCUUUGCCGAUUGUAUCGGUAGACAUACCUUCUGGAUGGGACGUAGAGAAAGGACCUUCUGGAGAGGCAACAUUCCAGCCAGAUGUUCUUGUGUCUCUCACGGCCCCAAAGAUUUGCGCAGAGUUUUUUAAAGGCAAACAUCAUUUCCUGGGUGGUCGCUUUGUUCCCCCUCUUUUGGCCAAGAAAUACGGAUUCCAGGUUCCUCAUUUCCCAGGUGCUGAUCAAGUAGUUGAACUAAAUUAG